UAUAUUGAAACGAAUGGAGUGUUAAAUAAUACUCCGUGAUUCUCACAUCAUAAUUUUAUAACCAUCAAGCAAAUGUUUUUAGGAUCUGAUACUUGUUUCUAUGCAAUUCUAUGACAUGAUACAGUAGAGUUUUAUAACUAAAUAUACUUAGUUGAAUCUUUCCCCAUGAUGUGAAAAUAAAGUAAAUUACAUGUUAACUUGAAAAAUUAUAAACUUAUUCCGAGUUUUAAGUUUCUUUUUUCUUUUUAACCUCAAAAUAGACUAAGUUUAUGCAAUUUCUUCCUCAUAUUGAGGCCUAGAAUAUGUCUUACCCUUCAACAAAGAUUAACAAAUGUCAAGCACUGAAUGGAUGUCAAGAUCUAUAAAUACCCCAAUCCUCCUAAGAUAAUACAUCAACAAACAAUUUCAAGUUCUUUGAAGAAUAAUUUGAUUUCUCUGAGUUUGUAACACUAUCUUAAAUUUUAAUCAAACAAUCAUGGAUAACUCCCAGAACUUGAGCUACAAAGCUGGCCAAGCCAGGGGCCAAGCCCAGGAAAAGGGUAACCAAAUGAUGGACAGGGCUGCUAAUGCUGCACAAUCCGCUAAGGAAUCACUACAGGAGGCGGGGCAGCAAAUGCAAGCCAAGGCACAAGGGGCGGCAGAUGCAGUUAAAAAUGCCACUGGCUUAAACAAAUGAAAUUAUAUUUUUGAUUGCAGCCAGAUGAGCGCAUUUUUUUAAUGUCCUCUAAAAUAAUUUGAAGUUUUUAUUUUUAUUUCAAAUUAGGAAAGCAAUUUCUUAUUACUUAGGAUUGAGUAUUGUUGAGAGGUUUCUUAUUUCUGAAUUAAAGAAAAGUUGUGUAUAGGUCACGUUGUCACAACUUUCUUAACGUCUUCUUCCUUUCAAUCUAAUAAUAGUAUUUG